CAAGCCUGAGAAGCUGGACAAACCAGAGAGCUGUGAUAAUGUCAAGGUUGUUGUGCGAUGCCGGCCUCUUAAUGAACGAGAGAAGGCUACAGGCUACAAAAUGGCAGUCAACGUAGAUGAAAUGAGAGGGACGAUAACUGUUCAUAAAACAGACUCUUCCAACGAGCCUCCCAAGACGUUCACGUUUGACACGGUGUUUGGACCAGAGAGUAAGCAGCUGGAUGUCUAUAAUUUAACUGCAAGACCUAUUAUUGACUCUGUCCUGGAAGGAUACAAUGGUACUAUUUUUGCAUAUGGGCAGACUGGAACAGGCAAAACUUUCACCAUGGAAGGGGUCCGAGCAGUUCCUGAGCUUAGAGGCAUCAUUCCCAAUUCCUUUGCCCAUAUAUUUGGUCACAUUGCCAAGGCAGAGGGGGAUACAAGGUUUUUAGUCCGUGUGUCUUACCUGGAAAUUUACAAUGAAGAAGUGCGGGACCUGCUGGGAAAAGACCAGACACAGAGAUUAGAGGUUAAAGAGAGACCUGAUGUGGGAGUUUAUAUCAAAGACCUUUCAGCUUAUGUCGUAAACAAUGCAGAUGAUAUGGACAGAAUCAUGACUCUGGGCCACAAGAACCGUUCUGUUGGUGCCACAAACAUGAAUGAGCACAGCUCCCGUUCGCACGCCAUCUUCACCAUCACCAUUGAGUGCAGUGAGAAGGGGGUGGAUGGAAACAUGCACGUGCGCAUGGGCAAACUGCACCUCGUCGAUCUCGCUGGUUCUGAAAGGCAGGCGAAAACUGGGGCCACGGGGCAGCGCCUGAAGGAAGCCACGAAGAUCAACCUCUCUCUUUCCACCCUGGGGAACGUCAUCUCUGCGCUGGUGGAUGGCAAGAGCACCCACGUGCCCUACCGCAACUCCAAACUCACGCGGCUCCUUCAGGAUUCCCUGGGGGGCAACUCCAAAACCAUGAUGUGUGCAAACAUUGGACCAGCAGACUACAACUACGAUGAGACUAUCAGCACUCUGAGGUACGCAAACCGAGCCAAGAACAUCAAAAACAAGGCCAGGAUUAAUGAAGAUCCCAAGGAUGCUUUGCUUCGCCAGUUUCAAAAAGAAAUUGAAGAGCUUAAGAAAAAGCUGGAAGAAGGGGAAGAGAUAUCUGGUUCUGAAAGCAGUGAUUCUGAAGAGGAGGAAGAAGAUGACGAAGGGGAGAUUGGAGAGGAUGGGGAGAAACGGAAGAAACGGCGGGGCAGUAGCAGCAGCAGUAGUUCAGACUCCACAUGCUCUGUCAUAGAGAAACCUCUGGAUAAGUCCUUCACUAAUCAAGCAGGCAAAAAGAAAGUUUCCCCUGAUAAGAUGGUAGAGAUGCAAGCAAAGAUUGAAGAGGAGAGAAAAGCUCUUGAAACUAAGCUUGAUAUGGAAGAAGAAGAAAGAAAUAAAGCCAGAGCUGAACUGGAGAAGAGAGAAAAAGACUUGCUUAAAGCUCAACAAGAGCACCAGUCCCUCUUGGAGAAACUGUCUGCGCUGGAGAAGAAGGUGAUUGUAGGAGGAGUGGACUUGCUGGCAAAAGCAGAGGAGCAAGAGAAGCUGCUGGAAGAAUCAAAUAUGGAACUGGAAGAACGAAGGAAGAGAGCGGAACAGCUUCGCAAGGAGCUGGAGGAGAAGGAGCAAGAACGCUUGGACAUCGAGGAGAAGUACACCAGCCUCCAGGAAGAAGCACAAGGAAAAACCAAGAAGCUGAAGAAAGUUUGGACCAUGCUUAUGGCUGCAAAAUCAGAGAUGGCAGAUCUGCAACAAGAGCAUCAGAGGGAGAUCGAGGGAUUACUAGAGAAUAUUCGGCAGCUGAGCAGGGAGCUUCGCCUUCAGAUGCUCAUCAUAGACAACUUCAUCCCACAGGACUACCAGGAGAUGAUUGAAAACUACGUUCACUGGAACGAAGACAUUGGAGAAUGGCAGCUGAAAUGCGUUGCGUAUACAGGGAACAACAUGAGGAAGCAGACACCUGUCCUGGAUAAAAAAGAGAAAGAUCCCUUUGAAGUGGACCUUUCCCAUGUUUACCUGGCGUACACUGAAGAAAGCUUGAGGCAAUCUCUGAUGAAGCUGGAGAGGCCGAGAACUUCAAAAGGAAGAUCCAGGCCCAAGACGGGUAGAAGAAAACGUUCAGCAAAGCCAGGAGCCGUCAUUGACUCUCUGCUGCAGUAGGUGUGACCUGUCAGAAUUGCCGUAAAAAAAUAAUCAGUGAGUGUGUAAGACUUGCCCAGAAUUUGGAAUUCAAGAGAUGGCACAGUUUGACAUGGCUGUAAAAUCCAUGCCUUGCUGGUAUGGAGCUUUAUUUUAAAAAGAAAUAUGUAUUUUUCCUUAGUUGCCCGUAUAUUGUAUGUUAUAUUAACAUAAUAUUAAACUGGUAUAUAAGAUGGUUGUGAAA